CUUCAGACUGUUCUGUCCGUAUACAGAGUUCUUCUGGCUAGUGAAAGGAGACAUUCCCGGUGUCCGCACAGGGUUGAUUUUCUGCUUGAGGAAGCAUUCAUGUACAAACAAAGAGAAUGGGGGGGUGUCGAAAGUUGCUCUCCUUUGUCGAGAUCCUUGUAGGUUUGCACCAGAUCGCCGGUGCCUUCUACGACACUGCUCUGUUGAUGCUGGUCCAGGAACGUUCCGGUUCCAACUCCACAGCAACUGGAAGCCGAGCCCAGCAGCAAGGCGCAAUCUCUCAGUUCUACAUGAUCUACAUCCCCCUGCUGAAAGUUUCCUCUCUCCCCAUCACCUACUUCCUGGCUUGUCAAGGAGACGAGAAAGGCAGGAAGAUUACCAUUUGGGUGCCCCUGGUGGGCUACCUGGUGUCCAGGUCUCUGUUGCUCUUUGUGAUCCUCUUUGACCUCCCCUUGCAGGUGAUGUUUGCUACUGCUCUCCUGAAUGGUCUGAGCGGGGAUUCAGCUGCUUUCCGGGCUGGGAUCAUGGCAAUAGCCUCUGACACCUCCUCACGGGUGAAGCGAUCGGUGAGCCUUAGUAGAAUUGAGCUGGCCUAUGGAGUGGCAGCAAUGAUUGGCAGUAUCGCUUCUGGCCACCUCUUCGUUUAUUUCAAAAUCUCACACGACCAAGGUGCUGGUCUGAUGGCCUUCAGCUGUCUGUUUUAUACUCUAAGCUUAGUUUACAGCAUCUUUGGGUUAAAACCCACUCAGACUGGAAAUGGUGGCUAUGGCAGCCUUCUAUAUCAAGGAGAGUGUGAAAAUGGUGAUCAACUUCGUGAUCCAGAGGAGACAGCUUGGAAUCGAUGUCAAGAUGAAACAUCAAUGCUGUUGCCUAAACAGAAUAACGCGAGGAUUCAGGGUAUUCUUGGCGGUAAUAUGUCCGUGGAUAAAAUCACACUCGCACUGCUGUUCAUAACUGGAGUUUUGUACGGUUUGGGGUUAAGUGGGGCAGUAGAUGUGCUGCCCAUAUUUGUACUGAAGGACCCUCUGAAUUGGAAUGCUAUCUGGGUCGGUUACGGCAAUGCAGUGGGGUAUUUUAUCUUCCUCACCAGCUUCUUCGGCGUCUGCACGCUUUCCAAAUAUUUGAGGGAUACUUCUUUGAUUGUGAUGGGAAUGGUGUCAUUUUCCAUCGGGAUGCUGAUCAUGGCCUUCACAAAGUGGACCUUCCUUUAUUUUAUUGGUGAGUUAUUUCAUUGGCUGAGUACCUGAGCUUUUCUGGACUAAACUGGUUUAACGUUUUCAUGCGAUGUGUAUGCAGUGAAACGCGUUCAUAAUUUUAAGGUUAACCCAUACAAAAAAUAAUCUGUCAGCUCCGAAAGAAGCAUAGUGUUAGAACCCACCACACUUGAGCGACUCACUAAUCUCAUUGCAAUCUCCU